AUAUAAUAAUGUGGGACUAUUUGAUAUUCGGAAUUCAUUGGCUCGAUUAAUUUGAAUUCAUUCCAUAACAACUCAUUACAUAUGAAGGAUUUUAGUCCUUCAUAUGAAAGAAGACUCAGUUGCCGACUUAAACUCGAGACUCAACUGGAGCCGGAAAGAACCUUUAUCAUUCCACCACGUCUUCUGAACAAACAUAUUGCUUGAUACUAAUGUUUCUUUUAUACGUAUUUUACACUGUCAGUGCACAGAACUUAACGACGUUUUAAAUGUAUUUGAUUGGUUUUGUAGGAAUUUGUUACAGCAGUAAUUGCAUAUGAGAAGAAGCUUAAUGGUUGUGAAAAUAUACCAAGAGGUGUCAAAUUCAACCAUGAAUUGGAAAAGCAAAAGAAAAAGCAUUAUUAGAAGUUUUUCAAUUGCAAAAAAUAUGUAUGGCAAUGGACUUGGAAGAAUUUCAGAAAAAAUAUCUGAACUUGAACCUGGAGCUGAAUUUCUUGAGGUGAAUAUCACUUAGAUCUCAUCGUGAGUUAUGGAGCAGCGCCUGUUAUAGUGCCGCGGGUUAAUGGUGUACACAUGUUACUAGAAAGUUUUCAACCAAUUCAUGGAGUUCUUUUAUGUGAAGGAGAAGACAUUGAUCCAUCAUUAUAUGAUGCUGAAUUAUCAGGAUUAUCACAAGAAGAACUUGAUGAAAUCAAGAAGAUACAUUCAAGUGAUACAACAAUUGAUAGAGAAAAAGAUUCAAUUGAAUUAGCUCUUGCAAAAUUAUGUCUUGAAAGGAACAUACCUUAUUUGGGAAUUUGUAGAGGUUCACAAGUUCUCAAUGUUGCUUGUGGUGGCACCCUUUAUCAAGAUUUGGAGAAAGAAUUGUCCAAGAAUUGUCUAUCGCGCUCUGAGUCUCCAGAAAUGCUGUCGCACCUAUGGCAGUCGAUUGAUGUAUCGUCUGACAUGCAUCCAUCGGCAGUUUUGAAGAGUCAGAGUUCGAAAGAAUUGUCCAAGAAUGGUCAAUCCCUGUCCCGCUCUGACUCUCCAGAAAUGUUGUCGCACCUGUGUCGGCCGGUCGGUGGAUCAUCUGAGGUGCAUCCAUCGACAGUUUUGAAGAGUCAGAGCGGCACCCUUUAUCAAGAUUUAGAGAAAGAAUUGACCAAGAAUUGCCAAUCGCUAUCACGCUCUGACCCUCCGAAAACGUUGUUGCACCUGUGUCAGCCGGUCGGUGUAUCACCUGACAUGCAUCCAUCGACAGUUUUGAAGAGUCAUAGUCCGAAAGAAUUGACCAAGAAUUGCCAAUCCCUAUCGCGCUCCGACUCUCCAGAAAUGUCGUCGCGCCUGUGUCAGCCGAUCAGGUCAUCCGACAUGCAUCCAUCGACAGUUUUGAAGAAUCAGAGCGAGAUAGGACAAAACUAUGAGAAAGUUGUGCACAUGAACUAUGACAACUAUGAUGGACAUAGACAUGUGGUGAAAAUAGUUGAAAAUACACCAUUACACAAAUGGUUUAAAGAUUCAUUAUUAGAAGAAGAUGAUAACAAAAUGGAGAUUUGGGUUAAUAGUUAUCAUCAUCAAGGUGUUAAGAAAUUAGCACAAAGAUUUGUGCCAAUGGCAUUUGCUAAUGAUGGAUUAAUUGAAGGUUUUUAUGAUCCAGAUACAUAUAAUCCUGUUGAAGGUAAAUUUAUUAUGGGAUUACAAUUUCAUCCUGAACGUAUGCGUGGACAAGAUAAUGGUGAUUUUGAUUAUCCAGGAUGUGCUAUGGCUUACCAGGAAUUUGUUAAAGCAGUAAUUGCAUAUGAGAAGAAGCUUAAUGGUUGUGAAAAUAUACCAAGAGGUGUGAAAUUAAACCGUGAAUUGGAAAGCAAAAGAAAAAGCAUUAUUAGAAGUUUUUCAAUUGCAAAAAAUAUGUAUAGCAAUGGACUUGGAAGAAUUUCAGAAAAAAUAUCUGAACUUGAACCUGGAGCUGAAUUUCUUGAGGCAAACACAGCAUUGAGUGUGCAACAAGAGAAUAGGUUGAAGCAAAUGGGAGCAACAGUGAGGAAUGCAUCGACAUACAUGAACAGAUUGAAGAUGAAUGAAGAAAGAGAAAGAAUGGCUAGAGCUAUUCUUGCAAAAAUGUCAAUUGAACAACUCUCAGAUAUGAUUGGAUUUUAUCAUAAAAUGGGACAACUUUGUUCUGAGGCUUUAGACAACAAGUUCAAUGACAUGGAGUUAGCUUGAAUUAUUACAUGGAGAGCAUCGGAGUAACUGGUAAAGUUGUUGUCGCGUGACCAGGAGGUCAUGUGUUUUAAGUUGUGGAAACGGGAUCUCUCGCAGAAAUGUCUUGUGAUUCGGUUCUUUCUUGAACCCCGUGCAUAGCGGGAGUUUAAGUGCACCGGACUGCCCUUUUCUACAAUGUAUCAUUGAUUAAUUUUUUUAACAAAAUGUCACUCCAUGUUUAAUUAUGCCAUGAAAUCAACUUUGUUUUGUUUUUGCUGAUUGGCAAGUGUAUAACUAAGGUGUAAUAAGUUAUAUACAUCGAUAAUACAAAAAAAUUAUAUUAGUAUA